GUCUCAAAUAUGUUGUCUGUUUUAAAAUUAUUCAAUAUGUGCGUGGUUGAGGCGUAGUCCCGUCAAGAGUAAUGAAAGAUAAAAAUAUGUGUAUUUAGAUAAAAAUACAUUUAUACUUAUUUAUAAGUUCGAGAUUCGUGCAAGAGUUAGCUUUAAUUUGAGAUUUUUCUUCGCACAGCCAAUUUUUUAAUACCAGUUGCUAAAAAUCAGCACCAUGUUGAUAAUACUAGUUCUUGGAGUGAUUACGGUGUUAGUCUUCAUCUACUUCUACAUAGUUAAACGACAGAACUACUUCAAAGAUCGUGGCAUUACCCAAGGGAAACCUAUGUUUUUAUUCGGCCACUCUUUGGGAGCCUUAAUACACACUAGAACCUGGACAGAUUUGGUUCAAAGUGUUUACAAUCAGGGUGCUGGAAACAGAUAUACUGGAAUGUACCACUUCCACUUUCCGUUAUUGGUGCUAAGAGACCCAGAGCUAUUAAAACAGGUGGCUAUCAAGGAUUUCGAUCAUUUCACUGAUCACAUCAGCUUCCUACCAACAGACUCUGACCCAUUGUUCUCAAAGAGUUUGGUCGCCCUCCAUGGUCGGGAAUGGCGAGAGAUGAGGGCUCUCUUAAGCCCUUGCUUCACGAGCAGCAAAAUGCGAUUCAUGUUCAACCUGAUAAACGAAAGUGCUGAAAAUUUGGCUGAGCAUUUCCUGAAAAAAGACGAGAAUGUUGUAGAAGUUGAAAUGAAGAAUGCUUUCACUCGCUUUUCCAGCGACGUAGUCGCGACCACAGCCUGUGGGAUAAAAGUCAAUUCUUUGGAAAAUCCUAAGAACGAGUUUUACUUGAUGGGGCAGAAGGCUACAGAUUUUAGCGAUAUUUGGAAGAAUAUAAAAUUCCUCUUGUACCUUAUAGUACCAUACAUCAAGAAAGUACUGAAAAUACAACUGAUUACGGACGACGUAUCCACAUUCUUCAGGGGUCUGAUAGACGAAACCAUCAAAGUGAGAGAAGAAAAAGGAGUUGUAAGACCAGACAUGAUACACCUCUUAUUAGAAACACGUAAAGGAAUCCGCAAAGAAGAGGAAACUAACGACGUCGACACGGGAUUUGCUACAGCUGAAGAGUCUCCGAGCGGCCUAGUAAAAGAAAAACUGCACAGAGCUCUAACAAACGAGGAAAUAACCGCCCAAGCCUUGAUCUUCUUCACCGCUGGUUUUGACAGUGUGUCAUCAGCGAUGUGCUUCGCUGCCUACGAAUUGACUGUGAACCAAGAUAUACAAAAAAGGCUUAGAAAGGAGGUUCACUCCACGUGGAAGGCGUGCAAAGGGAAGUUAACCUACGAGGCUCUUCUGCAGAUGAAGUACUUGGACAUGGUCAUAUCAGAAACCCUGAGGAAAUAUCCCAUCAACCCAGCAGUGGACAGAGUAUGCACCAAGCCUUACAUCAUCGAACCUGUCUUGCCAGGAGAGACUCCGGUGCAUCUGAAAGUAAACGACCCUAUCUGGUUUCCGAUCUACGCCAUACAUCACGAUCCAAACUAUUACCCCAAUCCAGACCGGUUUGACCCAGAGAGAUUCAGUGACGAAAAUAAGAGUGACAUCAAACCCUACACCUACUUUCCCUUUGGUUUGGGUCCGCGUAACUGUAUUGGUUCUAGGUUCGCUUUGUUGAUGACCAAAGCCGUGAUCUUCCACGCCUUGCUGCACUUCGAACUGGUGCCUAUUCAGAAAACUGUUAUUCCCGUGAAGAUUUCCAAGAAGAAUUUCACUAUGAACGCUGAAGGAGGGUUCUGGCUUGGUUUCAAAAGAUUGUCUCAUCAACAACUAGAAGAGUUGUUGUAUGCCAGUGAUUCUGACUUAGAUAUCAAUUUGCCAGAUGAAUCUGAUGAUGGAUGGGAACCAGAUACACACCCUGAUGAAAACUUGUCUUUGUCAGAAGACUCUGAUGAUGACGUGCCACUUGCUCAACUGUUUCCCGGUGCCCGCUUUCAAAGUCGACCAACGACGUCAGAACACAUUUAUACCAGAAUGUUGACGUUGAUAUGUAUAACGGUUGUUGUGGUGUGCCUAUUUUACUAUUUCAUAGUGAAACCUUUCGAUUAUUGGAAAGACAGAGGGGUUAAACAAGGAGACCAUGUAUGGAUAGCUGGGGACAAUUGGAGGACCCUUUUGAGGCAACAGAGCAUCGCUGAAAUGGUGGAAUAUGUUUACAAACGGCAUCCAGGUCUCAGAUAUUCAGGCAUGUACCAGUUCAUGUCCCCAACUUUGGUCAUUAAAGAUCCGGAACUGAUAAAACAGAUAACUGUAAAGGAUUUCGACCAUUUUACCGACCACAGAUCUUUCUUCCCUGAAGAUGCCGAUCCCCUAUGGGGCAAGAACCUGUUUUCUCUUAAAGGUAGAUCAUGGCACGACAUGAGAACAGUCCUCAGUCCGUCUUUCACCAGCAGCAAGAUGAGGACCAUGUUCGUUCUAAUGUCGGAAUGCGCCGAAAAUUUCAUCCAGCACUUCCUGGAAAAGAACGAGGGUACCAUGACGUUAGAAUUUAAAGAUGCUUACACACGUUUCACAAAUGACGUGAUAGCCACCACAGCUUUUGGGAUUCACGUCGAUUCCUUGGGUCAACCAACGAAUACUUUCUACAUGAUGGGAAAGAAGGCAACAGAUUUCCGUAGCUUUCGGAGAAAUCUGAAGAUGUUUGGAUAUUUCCUAAUGCCGAAAGUGUAUAAUCUACUGAAGAUAAAAAUGUUCUCUAAAGAUGUGACUAACUUCUUCGUGGAAAUUGUGAGUAAUACAGUUAAAGUAAGAGAAGAAAAAGGAAUCGUGCGACCGGACAUGAUCAAUCUGUUAAUGGAAGCAAGAAAGGGAAUCCACAGGCAGGCAGAAAACGACGUGAUCGACACAGGAUUCGCCACUGCUCAGGAAAGUGACUUAGGCAAACCUACCAAACUGCCCAAAGAAAUAACAGAUAUGGACAUCACAGCCCAAGCCAUGAUCUUCUUCUUCGCUGGCUUCGAUGGUGUUUCAGGCCUUAUGUGUUUCCUGACCUAUGAACUAACUGUCAAUCCUGACGUGCAGGAUAAGUUGAGGGAGGAGAUCCGAUCUACUCUAGAGGAGUGUGGAGGAAAACUCACAUAUGAAGGUCUUCUCAAGAUGAAGUACAUGGAUAUGGUCGUUUCAGAAGCUCUACGGAAGUGGCCCAUCGGUAUAACCGCGGAUAGAAUUUGUACAAAACCGUACACCAUACAACCAACCACACCAGACGAGAAGUCGUUGCAUCUAGAAAAAGGCUCUUUAAUUUGGUUACCCAUCUUUGGCAUACACCGCGACCCAGAAUAUUUCCCAGAUCCAGAACGUUUCGACCCCGACAGAUUCAGCGAAGAAAACAAAAGAAAUAUCAAACCCUACACCUACUUUCCCUUUGGUUUGGGUCCCCGCAACUGUAUUGGUUCUAGGUUUGCUUUGCUGGAGACCAAAAUCAUCAUCUUUUAUGUUCUCCAGCAUUUCGAGUUGGUACCUGUGGAAAAAAGCACAAUUCCUCUAAAGAUAAGGACAGGGAUGUUCAAUUUGACGGCUGAAGAUGGUUUUUGGUAUGGGCUGAAACGCAUCAGCGUGUAAACCUGACUAGGAAAAUUUAUUAUGUGUUAUAUAUAUUUUUUUACUGAAAAUAAGUAAGUAAAUAAAGUAAACAAUGUUUUCGUAUGAAAGUCGGAUAGAAGUUUAUCUAUGGGUUUUAGUAACCUUCCAAAUUGUGAGAAAUGUCUCCAAAUAAUAAAUUAACAAGGUAUAGGACUUUCUUUCCACAAGAGCCCUCAGUUUUAAAAUAGCAGUAUACAGGGUGUUUUACGUCACAAGCGCACUGGCGCGCGGCGGUCAAAAUUCACAUAAUCUCUUAAAUGUUAAACCAAUCUUAUAAACAUUUUUUAUUCGGUAUUGUUGGUCGGGACAAUUGAUCUGAUUUCGUCUGCUUACA